AUGGCAGCGGCCUCCACAGACUCCGGCCAGGGCGCCACCAAGAUCACCCCCGAAGCGCUGCAGGAGAUGCUGCGCUACUAUAACCUGAGCCGCCGGGAGUUCAUCAACACCUACAACAUCCAGCCGCUCGUCUACAUCCCCGAGUUGCCGUACAGCGCCAAGACCACCUUCGUGAUCAUGUACGCGGUGAUCUUCGUGCUGGCGCUCGCGGGGAACACGCUGGUCAUCUACAUAGUGGUGAAGAAACGUGCGAUCCACACGGCGACGGAUAUCUUCAUCUGCUCCCUGGCGGUCAGCGACCUGCUCAUCACUUUCUUCUGCGUCCCGUUCACCCUGCUGCAGAACAUCUCCUCGGAGUGGUUCGGAGGGGUUCUGGUUUGCAAGACGGUUCCCUUUGUACAGACUACAGCCAUAGUGACCGGCAUCCUCACAAUGACCUGCAUUGCCAUUGAGAGAUACCAGGGCAUUGUCUUUCCCCUGAAGAUGAGGAGGCAGCUCUCGUCCAAACGAGCAUACAAGAUGCUAGGGCUCGUAUGGAUUGCCUCGGUGAUCGUGGGCUCACCAAUGCUGUUUGUGCAGCAGCUCGAGGUGAAGUACGACUUCUUGUACGACCAUUACCACGUGUGCUGCCAGGAGAGUUGGCACUCUGUGACCCACCGGCAGACGUACACCACCUUCAUCAUGGUGGCUCUGUUCCUGCUCCCCUUGGCCGCCAUGCUGUUCCUCUACACGCGCAUCGGGAUCGAGCUGUGGAUCCGCAACAGGGUGGGCGACUCCUCGGUCCUCAACACCAUGAACCACAGGGAGAUCAGCAAGAUCUCCAGGAAAAAGAAAAGAGCCGCCAAAAUGAUGAUCACCAUCGUCCUGUUAUUUACGAUUUGCUGGGCACCGUUCCACACGGUCCACAUGCUCUUUGAGUACUAUGACCUUGAGAAGAAAUACGACGGAGUCACCAUCAGCAUGAUCAUCGCUGUGGUUCAGGCCAUCGGGUUCUUCAACAGCUUCAACAAUCCGAUCGUGUACGCCUUCAUGAACGAGAACUUCAAGAAGAGCUGCAUCUCCACCCUCUCCCAGUGCGUCAGGAAGCACAACCAGCCGGGCGGCGCCGUGGUGGCUCCUAAAGUCAGCGUGAAGUUCGUCAAACCCCAAAGCAGGGAGGCGUUCGCAGAUUCGCGGGCAGGACACAGCUCGAACCAGACCGCCAAGGACAAAGGCCCCUCGAAUGCACUGCACAGAGACCGCGCCCUGGAAGUGAUAGUAGAAAAGAUCUCCACCGUCCAAACUGAGCUGCCUGCCAACAGCUCCUCCCAGGUCAAAUGAGGAGGACGUGGCUUCGAAAGCGCACAAUUUUCAGCUGUUGAGCUCCUCAAUCCUCCCUGCUGUCGGUUCACCUGCACAGGACUGUCUCACCGUUGUGGUUCAAACACAAACAAAUAAAAUUGCACCAACUCUGCAGCACCAGAGAUUGUUCGGUUAUUAUUCUGGUCACGAAACAGAGGAGCAGAGGAAAUGAUGGCAUUCUGAGGAGAGGUUGGUUUCACUGUGAGAACGUCCCUGGCAGCAGUGAGGAGCAGCGGUCACACACCGGAACACGGGGGGGGUAACCGUGUCAUGAAUUCAAAUCAGUGGAGGUUUCUAAUAUCUGCAGGAAGCUCCGUCUCACUCGGUGAACAUUUAAUAUUGUGGAGGAAGGAACCGUGUUCAUUGUUAUUCCAAAUCCGCAAAAGCCUUUUUUCCCCACAUCAGUAUAACAGAGCAGACUGUUUAGAUGAUUACAAAGAACCACAGCCAUGGUUUCAGCAGCAAAGGAGAUAAAUAUGGAUGAAACCUCUGUAUGUUUUGCUACUAGAUUUGCAUUUGUUCAAAUUGUAGACUUUGUUUAUGUGCCCUUUUCCCACAAACACUAUUGUGCUUUACACUAUGAACCACGUUCUGAGCACUUCUCUAUCACCCGUCCAGCCUGUUCAGGGAUCAAACCACUGACUCACUGAUUAAAGGACAUCCUGCUCUACCACCUGCCUCAAAGCCUCGAGUUCAAAUCAGAUAUUCAGCAUCACAGAGUUGGACGUGUGGGUCGGUGCAGUACUGCGGGCGUUUUACCAGACCCCUGUAGUGGGGAAGGAGGUCAGCCGCGAGGCAAAGCUUUCAAUAUACUGAUUGAUCUACGCUCCGAACCCUCACCAGGGGUCACGAGCUCUCGGUGAUGAACGAUAGAACGAAUUUGCAAAAAAAAAAAAAGUGGCAGAAAUUCGCCUUAAAGAUAGAGUGAGGAGUUUACAAAUGCUGAGGGAGUUCGAAAUAGAACCGCCAGAUGCUCUUUCAUGUUGAAACACAAAGACACAAAGAUUCAGCUCAAUUCAGGGUCGAUCAGUACAAACCUUUAUUUCAAUGACGACAAUCUCUUAUUGACAAUUACUGCUCUUGAAAUCCUCUGAGCUGCCGGAACUCCGACCUGAUGAUGAAACCACUGUUAUCGAAACGAACUCUGCCUUGUACUUUGGUUUCAGUCCAACAGCUGGGAUGAAUUAAUGAUUCAUUUAUGUGACGUCAUAUCAACAGUCGGCCCUUGUGCAGUUUUUAAGAAGGUUCAUGUUUUAUUAUAUUAUUGUUCAGACUUUUGCAGAACAAACUCGACAUGACGAAGCAUGACGGUGGCUGUUAAGACGUUACAAUAAAAAAAAAUUAAAAAACUAGUGAACCUCAGUCAACUCUGACAGGUUACAUCAGUUUAUACGGAGGAUUUAUAAUAAUAGAUAUCAUUUAUAGAUCUGAACCUUUAAAUGUGGCUUCUGGUUCUGGUAUCACAAGUAUACACACAGGGCGUACAGCCCGGUUUGACUUUGAAUGUGUUAACGAUGCUGUGGAAUGUUUUUAUGUCGAUGUUUUAAUGCAGUUUAGUGAAUGUUAUUUUUUGUCUUAACGUUUGUUAAACGCUCCUGUAAUGACGUGUUUGGUAAUGACGGCGUGGAUUUUACCCACCUACCUGUGCAGUUCGCAAUGAAUGUAUACAAUUUUGCCGACUGCAUAUCUCAGAGAUUGUGCUCACAUGUAUAUUUUGCUGCCAGUACGCCCCAAAAACUUGAUACAUUCAAUUUUACAUGAAUUAAAGAAAUCUAUUUAAACUAAAAUUGUAUUUUCAAUAAAGGUUUGCAUUCAAAUGGGGCCUUUUAAAAGUUACAGAUUUUUCAACUACAUUUUUUUAUGAGGAAAGAACUAUAUGAUGGUUAUGGAGAAGGUGAUGCUUUGCUUUUUAUUCCCUGACAAAUGUCAUUUUUCUUGGUCUAUUCUUAUUAUCAUUUUAAA